AUGCCGACCACCUCCAAACCCAACUACUUUCUCCGCCUGCCCCUCGAAACCCGCCACCUGAUCUACACCCACCUCUUCGCCUCCGCCGGCGAGAAAAUCCCCUGCGUCCUCGACAUCUCCCGCCCCGAAAACGUCUACUGCAAAGACUACAGCAACUCCGACCGGGAAUUCAUUGGCGAGGAGAAUAAGAUCGCGCUGUUGAGGACUUGCAAACAGAUUCUUGUGGAGGCGAAGCCCGUGUUGUAUGUUUCCACGUUAUUCCAGAUCGAAUUCUAUACGGAGGAGUGUGAGGACACGGAGGAGUCGUGGAAGGAUUUGGGGGCGGUGGAGGAGUGUGACUUUUUGCGUCAUGUUAAGUUCUUGCAGCUGUGGGUUACGGUGGGUAAAGUAAAUGAUCAGCAUGAGCGGCUUGGGGUUCCGGGGUCGGAUAUGUGGCCUGCGGAUUUCACGGCGGAGAUGGUGGAGACGUUUGUCGAGAUCGUCGGGAGUAAGGUCAGGGGUGGGAUAGUGGUGGGGGGGUUGUCUGUGGUGUAUGAUGUUUUUGAUUAUGAGGGUGGUGGAGAUUUGGUGGAGGUUUUGAGGGGGUUUGGGGGGUUGAGGGCUAGGGGGGGUUUUGAGGUGGAUGUUUUAUGGGGGCGUCGGAGGAGGUCGCGGCUAUGGUUGAGGAGAUUGGGGGGGGGUGUUGGUUGGCGAGGAUGA